AGACGACCUGCAGAAGUGAUACCUGAGAAGAUGAUAGGAUUUUCAAAUUCAGCUAUCUAUAUCCUAAAAGAAGCUGACCUUUUUGUUCCUGAUUCCAAGGAAUCUGGCGUCAUUCAUAUGGAUUUAGAUCGUAGCUUCUUGCCAGUACCUUCUGCAGUGAAAGCCUCCAUUUUUGAAAGUUUUGUUAGGCAGAACGUCACAAAUUCUGAAACUGAUGCCCGUUCCAGCAUCCAACAGCUAGUGAAAGAUAGCUAUGGUUUCCCAACAGACUAUCGUUCUGAAAUUAUAUAUGGCCACACCUCCCUUGCACUCUUCCGCAAACUUGUUCUUUGUUGCAUGCAAGAAGGAGGUACUUUCCUAUUCCCCUUGGGCACCAAUGGUCACUAUGUCUCGGCAGCAAAGUUUAUGAACGCACGUACGCUCACUAUUCCAACAAACGUGGAAUCAGGCUUCAAAAUUGAACCAUUGGCUCUGGCUGAGGCAAUUUGCAGUGUGAACGCAUCUCGGUCAUGGGUUUAUAUAUCUGGUCCCACAACAAAUCCUUCUGGUUUCGUGUACACUAACAAUGAGAUAGAAAGUUUGCUUUCUCUUUGUGCUAGUUCUGGAGCUAGAGUAGUGAUAGAUACCUCUUUCUCUGGUCUGGAGUUCCAAACUGAUGGUCGGAGUCGGUGGGAGUUGGAUUGGUUUCUUCGUGAUUUAGAUCCCAAACUCACCGUUUUUCUACUUGGAGAGCUGUCCCUUGAGCUAGCUACCGCUGGUCUUGACUUUGGAUUUGUAAUUUUGCAUAACCUGUACUUGAUUAAGUAUAGUUUCCCAAGCUUGAGCCGUCCACAUAGCACAUUAAAGUACACUUUCAGAAAAUUAUUGGGUCUUAAGAACCAGAUGGAUGAGCAUUUCUCUGAUCUAAUAGUGGAGCAAAAGGAGACACUGAAGAACCAGGCCAACCAGUUGAUGAAGACACUUGAGAGCUGUGGGUGGGAUGUUGCUGGCUGUGAAGGUCAGAAUAGUGAUUUCGGCCUAUCAAUGGUGGCGAAACCGGCAGCCUACAUUGGGAAACCGUUCAAGGUGGAUAGCUUCGAAGAGGAGCUCGACGGGUGCAACAUCAGGGAAGCCAUUCUUAGGUCCACUGGGCUUUGCAUAAGCAGCAGCUCAUGGACGGGGAUACAAGACUACUGCCGGUUCAGCUUUGCUCUGGAUAGUGGUGAAUUCCAGCGGGCAAUGGACUGCAUAACAAGGUUCAAGGAGUUUGUUUUGUGA